AAAAUAUCUAUCUUACAAAAUAGAAAAAUUUAUAAAAUAUUUAUAAAAUUUUAAAAAAUAAUAUAAAACAAAAAAUGAAAAAUUAUAUAUUUUACACAUUUUAUUAAACAUGUUAUACAGAUGGCAUGCUUCUCUUUUGAUUCUAUUGUAUUGAACAUAGUUAUAUAUCAUGAUACUUCACAAUUGAUAUUUUUAUAUGACAAUAUAAACUACAUAGAAAAAAUUGAUUUAAUAUUUUAUAAAAAUGUCAAAUUCGCUUGUACGAAAAGGUCUCGAAAUACUGGGUUAUAAAAAUCAUGUAAAACAAGAUCUUGGCACAAUACUUGGACAAUCAAGCAGAGUAACUGUUUAUGAAACUCAAAAAAAGUUAGCUGCGCAAAGAGAUCCUACGGACGAAAAUGUAAAGAGACUUUUAAUAUUUAGUAAUAAUCAUAUCAAUCCAGAUACAACAAAUAAGUUAUUAACUAGAGCUUUGAAGAAGAAAUAUAUCCCUAAAGAGAAACCUAAAGAAGCACCUGAAGAAACUACUGCAUUUACAGAAGAAGACUUUAAGAAGUUUGAGAAAGAGUACAUAGAUCAAUAAUUUGUAAUAAUAAUUUUACACUUCUUGAAUUAUAUGUUGAGGCAUAUGAAUUAGUAAACUUCACUUGUUAUAUCAUUGUAGAAAUACAAACAUUUAUUUGUAUUUCAUUUGUAAAGCAAUACCAUUUUUUAUACAUUUAUAUAUUUAAUUUACUAUAAAUUGUUGAACACAAAAUGUUUAACAGUGAUCGUAAAAAGGGUAAAGUGACAUUAAUUGUGAUUUCCUUUUUAUUUCUCUAUUAUACUGUAUGGAUCAUUGGUCUACCUUUCAUUGAUGAUAACAGAAUACGAUCAUUUUUUGGUUCUCACAAUAUUGCAUUAAUAGUUCCUGCAGUUUCUGGCUUGUGCUUCAUUGGUGGAUUAGUAUUAUUUACAAUUUAUCAUGUUAAGCCGUAUUUUUCUAAUAUUAAGUCAAAUAAAUCUCGUGAAUCAUAACAUUUACAUAAAAGAAAAUGUAAAUAAAAAAACCAUAUUGUAUAUUGCUAACUAAAUUGUGUUGAAAAACACUGACUGAUUUUAUUAUUUUAAAUUAAUAAUAAAGAUAAUGUAACUUAUAUAACUAGACUAUUAUUAUCUAUAUUUUCCAUCUAUAGCUCAAGUUAACCUAUUCUAAAUUAUAAGUAAAAUUACUAAUAAAAGAAAUUUAAAAUGUCUUCAAAGAAAUGGUUUAUAAUUGGUAUUUCGGGUUCAACAUGCAGCGGAAAAACUACUUUAAGUAGUCGACUUCACAAUGAGCUGGAAAAUUCAAUGGUAAUACAUCAAGAUAACUAUUUCUUGCCACAAGACGAUCCACGACAUGUAAAAAUAAAUGAUCUUAAUCAUCUCAACUGGGAGUUGAUAACUAGUAUGGAUAUGGACAAAAUGCAUUCAGAUAUUUUACAAUUAAUUGAAUCGUCACCAAAUGAAAAUAGUUCUUCCGAAACAGUUAAUAAGAAUAUAUUAAUACUAGAUGGGUUUUUGCUUUUUAAAUGUGAGGUUAUUUCAAAUUUAUGUGAUCGUAAAUAUUUCAUAACAUUAACGAAAGAAGAAUGUUGGGAAAGAAGGAAAGGAAGAAUAUACGAUCCACCGGACGUUCCUGGCUACUUCGAAAAAGUAACAUGGCCAGAAUAUGUAAAGUAUAAAGACGAAUUAAUAAAAGACAAUGAUUUUUGUAACACGAUAACAUUCAUUGAUGGUUCUAAAAGUAAAGAAGAAAUAUUUCAAAUGAUUUUUACGGAAAUAAAGAAAUUAUUAUCGUAAAAUCUUAAUCAUUAUUACAUAUAAAAAAAAAAACACUUAGAACUAUAAAAAAUAAAUAAAUUGGUUCUGCAUAUGUAGCUAUCAUUCAACAGAAAGAUGAUGUUACAAACAUUAGUUCCAAAAAAAAACAUUCAUUAUACAUUCCAAUGUUUCAAUAUUUAUAAUAAGAUAUAACUAGUAUUCUGAAAUAUUUUCUAUAAUAAUCUCUAAAUCAUUUAUCUUAAAUAUUUUUUUGUUAAAUUUGAAAUAAAAUAAUUGCAAUAUCAUACAUUUUAAUUCUGUAUAUUAAAUUCCCUAUAUAAAUGGACAAUUGCUUUUUACUGAGCUGAAGAGCUUAGUGUACUUACCUGGCACAAUUGUGCAUUGAACGAUUUCAUUUUUUUUUUUUUUUAUAAAUGAUAAGUACAUUUCUUAUGUUUCUUCACUUUUCUUUUUGUGAGAAAUGUAUGUACAUAUGUCAUUGUUGCAUUAUCAGAAUUGAUGAAUUUUUAUGAAUUUCCAUGAAAAUGCCCAUAUAUGAAUAAAACGUGAUUUAUGUUAAAAAUGUGAUAAUUUUGCAGCUAUGUAUCACAAUAUUCUAACUACAACAUGUACAAUUUUUUUGUUGCAUUGCAUAUAAAGCCUGCUUCAGAUGUUGAAU